AUGGCCGACUCCAACACCGCGAGCCGCAGGCCGACCUACCCUGCCGGAACAAUUGCUAAAGUGUCAACCGACAUCUUGAAUGAGACCUUCCAUAACAUCAUCCAUGACCUCGUCGCCAAGGUCCACCGCGAGGAAAAAGUGGCGCGCAUGCGCUCCGCGGUGGUCGUCGCUCGCCAGAAAGCCGAGGAAGAGGCAACCGUCCCGGAUGAAACCCCCAGCAAGUCAGUCGCCGCCGAUGGAAAAACAAAAGAAGUUGUGAUAGAUGCGGCCAAACUUGCAAGCACACACCUCGAGACCGAUGCUGCUACAUUCGACCAUGGGAAAGUCUUCCUGAAGGGGAAUCCCAUGCAUACCGUCAAGGAAAUCAUCUGCCCUGACUGCCGUCUCCCACGCCUCUCAUAUCCCCCAGUCGGUGCAGGUUACCGACCUCCUCCCGAUCCGAACGCUGAAUACUGCCAGAACGGUCCAUUGAUUACACUGCCGGGCCACGACGUUCACGGGAAAAUGUUUGCCGUGAUGCCGAACCCGAAAAAGAAAAAGUCCGACAAGGACAGCACUAUCCCUGAAGUUCCGACCAGCAAGUGCCCCAUCUGCCCGCGCUAUUUCGUCAUGAAUCGAGUAGCUCAGCACUUGGAUCGCUGCAUGAACAUCUCCGGCCGUGGCAGCAGUACCCGUAAUAAGACACCCACCGACAGCGGCGCUAGUGGCGCUAGCAGUCCGACCUCAUCUGCUCCCAAACGUCCACAUGAAGAAGACGAGGGCAGUCCCAGUCCUACCAAAAAGAAGAAGCUGAACGUGUCCAAGAAGGCCUCAAGUACGAAGCCGGGGCCAAGCAAGCUUAAGAACUCAUUUACGGUGGAGGAUAAUGACGACGAUGUGAAGAGUGAAAACGCAGACUGA